ACCCGACUUUGCGGUUCACGACGCAUGCGCGGCAGUUACUCCGUCUAAAGGGAGACAUGGCGACGUCCCUGAUCUGCAGCCGUUUGACGGCCAGCCUGAGAAAUUCAGGGGCCAGGAACACGAUCAGCUCCGCUUCCAAGGUCCUGGGUGGAUCUUCAGGUCUGUUUGGAGGCCAUGUGUCCCAGCCUCAGCAGCAGCAGCAGAGGAACCUCUCCCUACACGAGUACAUGAGCAUCGGGCUCCUCAAAGAGGCCGGCAUCUCGGUGCCCGCCGGCCUGGUGGCCAGCUCCUCGGAGGAGGCCUACGCCGUGGCUAAGCAGAUUGGUUCAAAGGACCUGGUGGUGAAAGCUCAGGUUCUGGCUGGUGGCAGAGGGAAGGGGACGUUCGAGGGCGGACUGAAGGGAGGAGUGAGGAUCGUCUACUCCCCAGAGGAGGCCCGCGACAUCUCGUCCCAGAUGAUUGGUCGAAAGCUGUACACCAAGCAGACCGGGGAGGCCGGUCGAAUCUGCAACCAGGUGUUCAUCUGUGAGCGCAGGUACCCACGCAGAGAGUACUACUUCGCCAUCACCAUGGAGAGGUCCUACCAGGGCCCCGUCCUGAUCGGCAGCUCGCAGGGGGGCGUGAACAUCGAAGACGUCGCAGCAGAAAAUCCAGACGCCAUUGUGAAGGAGCCCAUCGACAUUGUGGAGGGCAUUAAGAUGGAGCAGGCCAUCAAGGUGGCUCAGAAGAUGGGCUUCCCUCCAGCGCUGGUGAACGAGGCGGCAGAGAACAUGGUCAAACUGUACAACCUGUUCAUCAAGUACGACGCCUCCAUGGUGGAGAUCAACCCCAUGGUGGAGGACUCCUCUGGCAUCGUGAUGUGCAUGGACGCCAAGAUCAACUUUGACUCCAAUGCGGCAUACCGCCAGAAGAAGGUGUUUGACAUGCAGGACUGGACCCAGGAGGACCCCCGAGACCGGCAGGCCGCCAAGGCCGACCUCAACUACAUCGGCUUGGAUGGAACAAUCGGCUGCCUCGUGAACGGAGCAGGUCUGGCCAUGGCCACCAUGGACAUCAUCAAGCUCCACGGCGGCACGCCCGCCAACUUCCUGGAUGUGGGAGGAGGAGCCACGGCUCAUCAGGUGACCGAGGCUUUCAAACUCAUCACGUCUGACAGGAAGGUCCAGGCCAUCCUCGUCAACAUCUUCGGCGGCAUCAUGAGGUGUGACGUCAUCGCCCAGGGCAUCAUCAUGGCUGUGAGAGACCUGGACCUCAAGAUCCCCAUCGUAGUGCGGUUACAAGGGACGAGAGUGGACGAUGCUAAAGCUCUGAUCGCUGCCAGUCCACUGAAAAUCCUGGCCUGUGACGACCUGGACGAAGCCGCCAAAAUGGUUGUAAAGCUUUCUGAAAUCGUCUCUCUGGCUAAAGAAGCUCAAGUGGACAUCACCUUCCAGCUGCCCAUCUAACAGACCUGGACCUUUGACCUCUGUCACCUCCUUACUCCCUGGCUCCCCCCUCCUCUGCACCUCCUCUGUCACCCCCCCUCCAUAGCAGCCCACCCCUCCUCCCCCCUGAGAGGAGACGACCUGGGACUCGUUAGCGGUUUUUCUUUCAGACUGUGGCGUGAUGGCUGUCCUGUGAGCAGCAGACAGAGAGCAGCCUCUCCUCUUUAGUUACACUGAGAUCAACCCGACGCCUCCCUCCACGUCUCCCCCGACUUACGUUGCACUCGACUCGAUACGCACAAACCUCCACCUUCAGCCCUCCUCCACCUCCUCCUCCACAGUCUGAGGGAGACACCUGUCUGUUCACCUGGUACCUGUUGGGAUGAGGCUCCUCCCACCUGUUAGAGAAAUAAAAUGUGACUGAAGAAGCUGCUCCGUGUGCGACAGGAGGUGGAGCGGCUGCAGGAAGGAGCUGUUACAUGAAGCAGGAGCAGAAAGACGACUGGAAGGCUUCAGGAGAAAGGAGAGUAACCCCAUCACUUUCAUAAACACACAGGUAGUUUUGCUUGUACCUUUUCAGUUGUGUUGUCUGAACAGGAAUGUAACAGAAUAAAGAGUGGACUCGUCCCCUUCGUGUUUGUUGACGUGUUUGAUCGAACAAACAUUGAUUUCAUUCUGAGCCGUGGCGUCAGGAGAUGGCCUCAGUGUUCAGAGAAUGUGCAGGUUCUCUGCAGCGUCGUUCCUUUACCUCAGCAGACGCUCGUACAGCAGCUGCUGCUCGUCUCCUAAACCUUUCACACAUCCUCCAUUGUGUUGUGAUGGUGUUAACUGAUCAGAUCACUGAGAUGUCUGCCUCCACCCCAAAUACAGAGGAGGUGAAGUAGAGUGAAUUAACCUGUAGAAUUCACAGCAUUAAGACUUCAACUCUCUCUAAAAUCAGUUUCCUGGGUAAUCCACAGGCCGGAACUACUUUCUGCUGAAGAAAUAGUCCCUGUGGUGGAGGUGGACGUCACAGAGACACAGCCAGAUACACCAGAGGUUAGAGAGAAGAUAUCGAGGUCUCAGGAUCGUCAUAACACAUCAGUUAUGUAGCAGCAGGUGUCAGGAUGCACCCACGUGAGGAUUAUGAUGGAAGCCCUGGGCUCCGACAAAACAGACAAAACAUCUCAUAUUUGUAUAAAACAAUAUUUCAUUAAACAUCAUAUAAUUAAAAUCAGGCAGCAAAUCCUCCGAUUUGAGAAGCUGGAGCUGAACCAGUCAGUCAGCCAGAGUAGUUUCAGAAUAAUCGACUGAUGUUGCAGCUCUUCUUCUUCUUGCGUCUCUGUGACUUCAACAGAGACUUGUUGCUUCAAACAGGUGUGAACUCCAGCUCAUCACAUCCCUGUCAUGUAUCUGGACGGCUACUGUGUUUGCAUCUCAGCUGCCACUGUCAGAUCUGAUCAUCCAGACUGGGAUUCAGUCUCUGCUCUAGUUUCCAGUCGUCUCCCACCCUGACCUGCAGAGUCAGCCCGGCUUCACACCGUUUACCCUCGGCUUAGAACAGACCACAUUGGUUUGUCUGACAUAUUAGCAGCGACCUGUGGCCUCGACCUGUGGCAUCGAUCGCUGCACAGAUGCUUCCUGGAGUCUCUGCUCUGCCUCGACUGUGGUGGAUCUCCUGUGUGAGGUCGUGUUGAAUGAAGUCUUCAACUUUUCCAGGGAAAAGUCCAGAGAGAGCAACAGUAGAGUCGAUGUGAUCUCCUCUGAAUCUCUCUCUUCCCUGAUUGAGUAUUUACAAACCUCAGCUUGUGCAUCCUAACACUGGGAAAGGUCUGUUGGACUGGACUGAUGCCUGGCUGAUGUUUCCAGGUUUGAACGAGCUAACGCUGUGUGUUAGCAUGCUCCACUGACAGUUUAUCACCUGGUUCUCCUCCUUUUGGAUGUUAAGUUAGAAGACAUGGACUGGAAACACUGGAUUUGCUUCCUCCUUUAUGGAAAAAUUGGCUGUUUCACUGCGCUCUCAGUCUGCCAUCACGCCACAAUACGGUCGCCAUUUUGUUUCUGUAACGUCCGAACAGUACAAUGACUGUAGUUGUUUCCUCCUCCUCCUCCUCCUCCUCUUCCUCCUGCGCUCCAAACACAAGCCGACAUCGUGAGUUGUACGUCAUUUAUUAUACUUUACUUGUAAAUAACCAAACUGAUGUUCUCGUUCUGUAAAAUAUUUAUGCUCCUCUCAAGGAGUACGGCAAAGGAAGAAAAAAAUAAAUAAAUGCAGAGAACACCA